AUGUCCAUGGUUCAGUCUCCAAAUCCUGCUAUAGGACCAGAUAAUGGAUCCAGAGAAUCUGGUACUACUCCAGGUGCUACUUUCCCAAAAGUGGCACCUUCAGCCAACAGUGGAGCACCUGCCGCUAGUGCCAAUAAUAAUAGUAGUACUACCACCAAUAGCCAAGCAAUGCGUUUGAAUAUGGAAUCAAUGGUAGAAGCUUUUACGGAGGUGCUAGGGAAAGAGAAUUGGAACAAGUAUGCUCAGAUUAUCAGCUUGUUUGUACUGGGCAAACUGUCCAGGAAGGAACUUGUAAAUGAAAUUGACCUUAUAUUCAGCUUCCCACAGGAGGCCUCUAGAAACUCCAAAUCUUCCCAACAUGCCUUGAGCCAUGGAAAUCUGAUACGAAUGCACAACCAACUCCUGCUAGCCAUUCUGGCAAAUUCGUUACGAGAGAUGCCGAUGGGCGAGUCUAGUGAAGGUUCCUGGGGUUUCAACAAUGGUUCUUCUGGCGCCAACAAGAAAAGAUCAAACAAGCACAGUUCUCAAAUUGACACCUACAAGAAAAUUGUGAUGUCUCUGCCGACUGAAGAUAGAAAUAGACUGAAAGCUAUCACCAAAGAAGCGGGCAAGCGUGGUUUUGUCUUAUGCUCCGUACUGCAAGCAAGACUUAACACCAUUCCCAAAAUACCAAUAGUAACGAAUCCCGAAACUUUGAAAAGAGUGAAAGCCAGUAAUCUAAAGACGCCACUUGAGUGGUCUCAAGAGAUAGUCAACGGGUUUUCUGCCCCACUGGCAACAGAGAGUUAUUCUUUGCCUGACAAUGACUCUUUAUACCUUCGAAUGAUCAGUUUAGCCCGUGAGCAUGGACUUGUUGGUGCUGUGGACGGUCGUUGUGUUGAAAUUAUGACUCUGGCCCUCGAAAACUACUUAAAGAAUGUGGUUGAAUCUGCCAUUGACACUGUUCGUUAUAGGCGAAAGUAUCAUUCGGAUUACUAUGACUUGAAUGACGAGGGUUUCUACCAAGGUGUUACGGGUAAUGAGGAAGACGAAAUAAUCGAAGAUGGCGAACCAGUGCGUGAAUUAAGGUCGAUCUCAAAUGUGGAAAUGUCGGAGACUUUGACCAUUUAUCCAAAUCUAGUAGCACCUACGGGAGCUCAGCUGGAUUUGAAUAUGUGUGGUUUGGUAAAUGACGACGAACUUGUGGAAAUGAAGAGUAGCAUUGAUGAUCUGCCGGAUUUUCUUGAUGAAAAGCCAAAUUUUACACCAGUGGACGAUAAGAAUGUGGGCAGUGGAGAGGAGCUUAAAUGGUUGAUUAGACAGAUCCUUACCAAGGAUUGA